UUUAGGACAAAAACCUCGCUGUUAGUUGAAGAAGAUUUUUGGAUUUCUGCUAGAAUCUUGUGUUUAUUAUGGAAGAGCCCAAUUUAUCAGAAAUUGAAAUAAAAUCUAAGUCCUCUCUCGCAUCAAAAUCAACUUUAACAACUAGCAAAGAUCAUCUCAAUUGUUUGAAAUGCGACACUUCUUUCGAGUUCACCUUGGACAAAGGAAAAGACGAUUAUUUAGCUCAUUUGUUCCGCACUCACAGAUUGGUCAUAGCUGAUGUUGACGACAUUGCUGAUCUUCAUGGGUAUCUCACAUUUUGGAUCGAUAAGUUCAAAGACCACUCUCUGGAAGAGUAUUGCACUACAAUGCUAUUGGAUCAAUUGCCAGACGGGACAAUAUCCAAAAACGAGAAAUACUACCUUCUAAGUGAUAUUCUUCCCCAAGACUUUGAGCUGCGUAAGAGAUUACAUCAACUUCGUCUUGAAAAGGCUCUGGCCAAACACCAAUUCGAAAGAACUGAUCGAGAAUUCUCAAAAGAAUGCCUCUACUGUCGCGAUGUCAUUCACGGGUUGCGUUCCGAAUUCCUUGAACAUCUCUUCACGAAGCAUUUCCUUCAACUGGGAAAACCAGAAAAUCUUGUAUACGUCGAUGAGCUCCUCGAAAAAGUUCAAUCCAGUUUGGAGAACCUUAUUUGUUUGUACUGUGAAAAAGUAUUCAAAGAUCGUGUCACACUCAAAGAACACAUGAGGAAAAAAGGUCACAAACGAAUCAACCCAAAUAAUCACGCAUAUGAUCGAUUCUUCCUCAUCAAUUACCGCACCGAAAAACCCAAACACACCAAAAGCCUCGAACAAAGUCGCAGGAAUGCAAUACGACAGCAGCGACAACAAAAAGACUCCAAAGAAGACAGCAAGCUUGAUAAUACAAUUCUUAGCAGUGAGGAUUCGGAUUCAGAUUGGUUCGAAUGGGACAGUGAUAAACUUCCGAUUGCAUGUCUCUUCUGUCCCAAAACCGACCCAGAUCUGCAAGCUCUGAAAAAACAUAUGCUCGAAGAGCAUCAAUUGAAUUUCGAGGAAGCGACUCGUAGCUUGAAUUUCUACCAGAAAGUCAAAGCUAUCAAUUAUGUCCGCAGACAGAUUCACAUUCUGCGUUGUGUUACGUGCAAUUGUAGGUGUGAAACAACAGAGCAACUGUUGGAGCACAUGUCGGGCGAUAAACAUUACAGCUUAGGAACUCGUACUCAGUGGGAUAAGCCAGAAUUCUUUUUCCCCACAUUCGAGGAUGACGGCCUGCUGUGCGUACUCGAUGAUGGCAAUGACAAUGAGGAGGACGAAUCUAUGGUGCGGAUUAUUUCUGAGGAUUCCCUUGUGAAAAUCAACAAAGAUGCAGAGCAAUUAUCUUUAGAAAGCUUUAAUCUUCCAUAAUUAUAAAAAGUAAAUAAAAAAAAUCGAAUGUGUAUAUUUAUACAUCAAAACUUUA